AUGACUGACUCGGAGAAAACCACGGCUAGGGCCGUUAGCCUUGAAAUGGACGAAAGAACCACUGCAAUCGAAACUCCCUCAGACGCAUCGAAGAAAGAGGAAGAGUCAGGAACAAUCACAUCUGAAAAUAGGAGUAGCAGGGCAACAUCCGUCCACACAACACUAUCGGUCGAAGAGCCCGACGACAACCUGGAAUUAGGCCCCGUCACGACCGGGGCCAGCAUCACUCCUCCUCCCGUUUCGGUUCCGAUGAGCAGACGGCGUGGCCUCUUAGCCCAGCUAGCAAUGAUACCAGAAGUCGAAGAACCGAAACAUUACCCCCGAAGGACGAAAUGGUUCAUCACCUUCAUCAUCGGUGUUGCCGCUAUGGCUGCACCCAUGGGAAGCGCUAUAUUCUUCCCUGCCCUUGGCCAAGUUGCCGAAACCCUGAAUGCCACCCCCACAACUACCAACUUGUCUGUGGCCUUGUAUAUGCUUAGUAUGGGAAUCUUCCCGCUAUGGUGGUCCUCGUUUAGCGAAAAGCUCGGGCGCCGAACGAUCUAUCUCGUUUCCUUUGCGCUAUUUGUCCUAUGGAGCGUCUUGUCCGCGAUUGCCAACUCGAUUGGGAUGCUCAUCGUGAUGCGAAUGUUGGGAGGCGGUGCUUCGGCAUCAGUCCAAGCAGUUGGCGCCGGCACUAUCGCAGACAUUUGGGAAGUAAAAGAAAGAGGGCGGGCGAUGGGUAUCUUUUACCUUGGUCCGUUGUGCGGGCCGCUUCUAGCACCGAUUAUCGGUGGUGCUCUGUCCCAAGCAUGGGAUUGGCGAAGUACACAAUGGUUUCUUGCCAUAUAUGGCGGAAUAGGAUUUCUGCUCCUGCUAUUUGGCCUCCCCGAGACGUUAGCUCGACCGAAGAGAGCACCUCCCGUGACAGAGCCACAGAAUCCUGUAGAACGCUCAUUGAGCCGAGUCUCCUCUCGCCAGGUAGUGCAGGCAACCGCCAAAUGGCUGAAGGUCGCGCGAAUAGUGCUCAUCGACCCGCUCAAGAUUUUACUUUACCUCCGCUUCCCCGCUGUACUUCUGACGGUGUAUUAUGGCAGCAUUGCGUUUGGAUCUUUAUAUAUUCUGAACAUCAGUGUGCAGGAUACCUUUAGCAAGGAACCAUAUGGCUUCUCCAUGCUGAUUGUUGGCCUGCUUUACAUACCCAAUUCCAUGGGGUAUAUCAUUGCUAGCCUCCUUGGUGGUCGAUGGAUGGACAAGAUCAUGCAACGAGAAGCUAGACGCGCCAACCGAUUGGACGAGAAUGGGAAACUAAUUUAUCGACCCGAAGACCGCAUGCGUGAAAAUGCAUGGCUGGGUGCAAUGAUGUAUCCGCUAGCGCUCAUUGUAUAUGGGUGGACUGCCGAGAAGGGAGUCUACUGGCUCGUCCCGAUUAUUUGCAACUUUUUCUUCGGCCUCGGCUCGAUGAUCAUCUUCAGCAUGUCCACCACCAUGCUCACUGAAUUCAUGCCCAAGAGGUCCUCCUCUGGCGUUGCGGUGAACAACUUUAUGCGGAACACCGUGUCCUGCGUUGGUGGUAUCGUCACAGCGCCCAUCAUCAGCGGCAUUGGGAACGGCUGGCUCUUCACGAUCAUUGGGGUGGUGGCGUUGGCAAGCUGCUCAGUGAUCUGGGCGAUGAAGAAGUUCGGCCCUCAAUGGCGCGUAUCGAUGGAUGCAAAGUUGGGGUAA